AUGGGGAGAGCGUCUUCAAAAGCUCAUUCCACUGAUGAAAAAAGAGAAGUUGACUAUUAUCAAUCACUUAAUAUCGACUUUGACCAACUUGACGGUGCAAGAGAACGUUUAAGUUUACAACAUGAUAUUUUAAGAGAAAUUUUUUAUGGAAAUUUUUCUUCACCUAUAAAUAAUUUGUUACAAGCUGGUGAUGCCAAGGUUUUAAACAUCGGGUGUGGUAAUGGUGUAUGGCUUUUUGAAAUGAACUCAGACUUUCCAGAUUCAUUUCUUGUCGGUAUAGACAAGAGUCCACAGCUUUUCCCGCAAUCAAAACCUUCGAACGUUCAAUUUGUUAUAUCGGAUAUGCAAAAAGGACUUCCAUUUCAGAGUGACAGCUUCGAUUUUAUAUAUAUGAGAUUUCUCGCACUUAAUUUCAGGGAUUCUGAGUGGGAUAAUUUAAUAAAAGAGUCCAUUAGGGUAUUGAAACCAGGAUGUUGGUUGGAGAUAACUGAUGUAGAGACUGACGUUAAAAACCCGGGUCCAUGUACUACUAAAAUGACAAAUGAAGCUAUAAAAUUCUUGAGCAAAAGAUCUAUAAAUCCACAAGUGAUUUUUUUAACAGAAGAAUUUAUAAAAUCUUGCAAUACUCAUAACAUUCAACAUAUGGAACGAUAUUUACCUCUAGAGGCAUGGGAGUUAAACAUAAAGACAUGGGCAAAACUUUAA